AUGUCUUGGGGAGUGAUGGGUUGGGGUGUGAUAGAAGAGGGUUGGAGAAAGGGUCCUUGGACUGCUGAAGAAGAUCGCUUGCUCAUUGAUUAUGUCAGGUUGCAUGGUGAAGGCAGAUGGAACUCUGUUGCUAGAUUAGCUGGAUUGAAAAGGAAUGGGAAAAGCUGUAGACUUAGGUGGGUUAAUUACUUGAGGCCAGACCUUAAGAGAGGCCAGAUUACACCUCACGAAGAGAACAUCAUAUUGGAGCUUCAUGCUAGGUGGGGGAACAGAUGGUCUACAAUAGCUCGAAGUUUGCCAGGAAGAACAGAUAACGAGAUCAAGAAUUACUGGAGAACCCAUUUCAAAAAAAAGACCAAAGGAUCUCCUGACAACUCAAGUAAAGUCAAUAAACGUAUGCUGAAACGUCAACAAUUUCAUCACCAACAACAACAACUGCAACAUCAACAGCAACACUGUUUACAAGAUAAUCAAGUCGAGAUGAAAAAAAUGGUACCACUACUCGAUGAAAAUGAGCAAAAAGUGCCAUAUUUUCCUCAAAUGACAACUAGUUUUUAUUCCCAUACAACACCAGUCGAUCAGCAAGAACAAGGGUUUAAUUACUUGAAUCCUACUACGGUGGUGAAUGGCAGUGUUUGUGAGGUGAACAAUGAUGAUUUACUCUGGGAUGGACUGUGGAACUUGGAUGAUGUUCAUGUCAAUUUUGGUGGUGCACCAAAACCCACUUUCCACAAUCUGGUCACUCCCUUUUGUUAA